AUGAUUUGUCUGCCUUUGGCCCCGACAGGAGGAUUGUACAUCCCGGCUAUCAGCCCUGGUGUCGAGAUUCUUAAGCGCAUGACGUUUCAAUCAUCGAAGAAAAAUAUGGAGUAUUGCUACGAGAUGUACAUUACACGUAAUACAUUAUUGUUUUUCGAAGCGCCAGCUCUUGGAAAUCUUUUGACUUUGAUCAGUAGUAGAACACUUUGCCGGCUGAGAGGUAGCGAUGAAGAUGUAACCUCCGUCGACGAAAGUGAAAGCAGCCUUUGA